AUGGCUUCAGACGAGCGUCCAGCCUCCACAACGAUCCCCUCCUCCGAACCCAAACCUUCACAUGCACCAUCCGAGCCCUCCAAAAAAGACCCACCGACUCCCACACCACCCUCAGUAUUGCAAAGCGCACGGAUAUACCUCUUCCGCUACCUCGCCCUUUCAACCCGCCGCCUCGACCGCUUCCUGGUCCGCCUCUCCUCCAUCCUAGAAAGCCCAGCAUCCACCGACGCCCUCCUCGGCACCCUCGGCUACACCCUCGAAUUCCUCGCCGCGCUGCUCUCGCGCCUCCUCUCCCUCGCUUCCACAAUCGCAGAUAAAGCAGACGAUGUGCUGCUCCCCGGCGAGACCCUUAUCACGACCCUCCCCACCGCGCCCAGCGACAAGCUCAUGUCGCAGGUAGCUACGAGUUCUAGAGCCCUUGCCGCCAUGAUUGCGGACUUUCGAAUUUUCGUUCGCAUGUGGGGUUUAGCGGGGUUGUAUAUGUGGGCGAGGGGAUUGUGGCAUUCGCCGCUUGCCCAGGAGGCUGGGCUGAAGGAGAGGGUGGUGAGGAGGAUAACGUGGACGCAGAUUGCGAGUUUGGUACUGUUUCAGAUGCUGGAGAAUGGUGCUUACCUGGCGAGUAAGGGCGUGCUUACGAGCGAGGCGUGGAGUGGAGAGAAGGGAAAGAGGAAGGAGACUGCAUGUUGGAUUUGGAGUAGUAGAUUUUGGGCUGCGCACGUCGCGUUGGAGAUAGUGAGGGUUUCCUUGAAGUAUUAUGAGGGUGGAGAAGACGAGGGUAGGAAGGAGAUUGUAUGCGACGGUGAGAAAGAAGGCAAGUUGUUGAUAGAGCAGAAGAAGAGGGAACGGCGGGUCUGGUGGAGAGAUGCAGUAAGUAAUGUCGCAUACAUGCCCAUGACGCUACAUUGGAGCGUUGAAGAAGAGAAGGGGUUCCUGAGCGAUUGGGGUGUUGGCCUCCUUGGGGCUAUUGCUGGCGGUUCACUAUUCAUCGACGCGUGGAAGCAGACCGCACAAUAG